CAGCCGGGGAAGGUCUCGGUGUGAGCUGUCCGUCACUCCUCUCACUCGAUUAAAGCCCUUUUUCCACCUGGGCCAUCAGCCAUGGAGUUAUUGGUACGUUAUUUGGAGAGGAGCAACUCUCUUAGCUCUGUCAUGACUCAAGAUGUUAUCAAGGAAGAGAGCCUGAGAGAUGAUCUAAAGUAUUACUUCAUGAGCCCUUGUGAGAAGUACAGGGCCCGGCGGCAUUUACCCUGGAAAAUGGGAGUCCAAAUAUUGAAGAUUGCCAUGAUCACUACGCAACUCAUUCUGUUUGGUCUCAACAACCAGCUGGUGGUUUCCUAUAAGGAGGAAAACACCAUGGCCCUGAAAAAACUUUUCCUGAAGGACUACAGUGGGGUGGAUGAGGAUGACUACAGUGUUGCUGUGUACACGCAGCGUGGUCUCUACGACAGCCUGUUUUAUGUCCUCGAUCAGUACAGUCAGUUAGGCGAGCUUUCUGUGGGUCCCAUCAGUUAUGCUGAGGAUGAUUAUGGCAAGCUGCUUCCUGUCAAACUCUGUAAAGACCACUACAAAAGAGGUAGUGUAGAGUCUUCAGAUGAGGCUUUUGACAUUGAUGCACGGCUGGAGACAGAGUGUAUGUCACAUGAUCCCAAAACUGCAAACCAGUGGAAAACCCAGAAUGCAUCCUUUUUUGAUCUGCACUUUCACAGGCUUGUUAAAAUCACGAUAAACUUCCAGCUUAAAGGAAUCAACUUGCAGACCGUUCGUUCACGGGAGUUACCUGACUGUUACUCCUUUUAUGUGACGAUCACAUUCGAUAACCAGUGUCAUAGUGGAAAGGUGAAAAUAUUCUUGGACAUAGAUACUGAAAGCAGCGCAUGCCGAGACUGGAAGAUAUCUGGGACAGCUCAGAAGAACACGCACUAUCUGCUGGUGUUUGAUGGGUUUGUCAUUCUGGUUUGCAUCAUAUCAGUGGUGUUGUGCACACGCUCCAUCAUACUGGCCAUCAGGUUACUCCAGAGAUUCUCACGAUUCUUUCGUGAAAACUUCAACCGCAGUGUGUGUGCAGAUGAUCAGAAGGAGUUUCUCAAUGGCUGGUAUGUGUUAGUCAUCAUAAGUGAUAUCUUGGCCAUAAUUGGAUCCAUACUGAAGAUGGAAAUACAGGCAAAGAGUCUGACGAGUUAUGAUGUGUGCAGUAUCUUCCUGGGAACAUCAACAUUAAUGGUGUGGGUUGGAGUGAUAAGAUACCUGGGAUACUUUCAGAAGUACAAUGUCCUGAUUUUAACGAUGAAAGCGGCAUUCCCCAAAGUCCUCCGUUUCUGCUGCUGUGCUGGCAUGAUCUAUCUUGGCUAUACGUUCUGCGGAUGGAUCGUACUAGGGCCUUACCAUGAGAAGUUUGAGGGUCUGAGUCGUGUAGCAGAGUGCCUCUUCUCUCUCCUGAAUGGGGACGACAUGUUCUCCACGUUCGCCGAGCUAAAGGACAAAAACACUUUGGUGUGGCUCUUCAGUCGGGCUUACCUCUACUCCUUCAUCUCCCUGUUCAUUUACAUGGUGUUGUCACUCUUCAUUGCCCUCAUCACUGACUCCUAUGAGACCAUCAAGAACUACCAGAGAACUGGAUUCCCACUGACAGACCUGCAAAAAUUUCUUCGGGAUCAGACAGAUUUUCCAAUCAUAGAGGAGAAUGGCCAGAAUGUUGAGAUCAGCCACAAUGUGCUCUGCUGCUGCAAACGAGUUCCAGCAAAUGAUGAUGUCAUACUGAUCAGUUGAUAGCCGCCCCAUCCUCAGAUGAGCUGGUCCAAAAAAGGGGAAGGUUUCUUGGAAAAGGACUUUUUUUUUUCCACCGCUAUGGACUUCAAACAUUUUCAGUGGAAAAACCCUCGAAGAGUUGCACGAGUGAGAUUCUGUGAGGUGGAAUGUGAAACAUAAAUCAGGUUCCUCCCUCUGAAUGUAUAAAUGGACCUUGAGUUGCUCUGUUGGGACUGAGACCAAGCUUAAAAAAAAAUCUGAAGUUGUCACUGGUAUUGAAUAAGAUUGAGGGUACUGUUUCGUACUGUAUUCUGGGCCUUUUUAAGGUCUGCACCUGCAUUUCAAUGCCAGAAAACUGGAUUGAGGUUUCUCAGAAUCGAAAGUGUUUUUUUGUAAAUGGGUAUUAUGUAACAUAUUGUGGUUCCAGAUGUAAUUUAUUUGUCAUUGAUUAAAUAUUGCAGUAAUGUUUA